CACGGAGGCGUGUCCUCUGAUGACAUCAGCUGGGGGGGAAACAACAACACAAAAGGAGGUGGCUCAGACUGGAACCGAGUGUCUGGACCACUUAUGUGUACAUUUCACCACAAACAAAACAAAAAAAAGAGUUAGUCUCGGCUCCAAAAGGCGUGUAUUACCAACAGUGGAUGGUUCAACUCGACGGGGGCGCGCGAAGCUCCAAGAAGGCGGCACGGGGAAGCAGGAAGAAGGGGAUGUGAGAGGUGCUUUCUUCUGUGGCGCCUUGCAAAUACACGAUCUUUGUGUUCGACCGGACCCCAGCAACACGACCGUUUGUUCCUUUGCCUGCUUUCUGACCCCGCAGCAGAGUGGCAUGUGGGUCAGUUCUGGAACCGUCGGAAGGGCUCUCUCCAUGGAUAUAGACACAGACUAUGAGCGGCCCAAUGUGGAAACCAUUAAAUGUGUGGUGGUAGGGGACAACGCAGUGGGCAAGACCAGGCUUAUAUGUGCCCGGGCUUGCAAUGCCACCCUCACACAGUAUCAGCUGCUCGCCACCCACGUGCCAACCGUUUGGGCCAUCGACCAGUAUCGUGUAUGCCAGGAGGUGUUAGAAAGAUCUCGUGAUGUUGUGGAUGAGGUCAGUGUGUCCCUGAGGCUCUGGGACACAUUCGGGGAUCAUCACAAGGACAGACGAUUUGCCUAUGGCAGGUCGGAUGUCGUGGUGCUUUGCUUCUCUCUGGCUAAUCCCAAUUCCCUGCGCCAUGUCCGCACCAUGUGGUUUCCGGAGAUCAAGCACUUCUGUCCACGGACGCCCAUCAUCCUUGUUGGCUGCCAGCUGGAUCUCCGCUACGCUGACCUGGAUGCGGUUAAUCGGGCACGCCGACCCCUUGCCAAACCCAUAAAACCAACAGAUAUCCUUCCGCCCGAGAGAGGCCACGAGGUGGCAAAGGAGCUCGGGAUACCCUACUAUGAGACCAGCAUAGUCGCCCAGUUUGGAGUUAAGGAUGUUUUUGACAACGCGAUACGUGCUGCCCUCAUCUCCCGUCGCCACUUACAGUUCUGGAAGUCACACUUGAAAAAAGUCCAGAGACCACUCCUCCAAGCACCUUUCCUGCCUCCUCGCCCACCACGCCCCAUUGUUGGAAUCCCAGACCCCCCACCCAGUGACGGCGAGGGCCCCGAUUCUCUCUUCUGCCACCCGCUGUGCGCAGAUGUUGUUUUCCUGCUGCAGGGCGGCACCACUCGUGUUUAUGCCCACAAAGUGUACCUGGCCACUUCCUGCUCCAAGUUCUACGACCUCUUCACCCUCGAUUUAGGCGCAGCCUGCUUGGGGCCGGAAGCGGAGCAGGAUAAAAGCAAGGAAAGCUCUGACAGUGGGGAGGAAGGCGAACUGAGCAGGAGAGGAGCCAAGGAGCAAGCUGGCCGCACCAAGAGUCUGGACAUUGACAAAGACGGGGUGGAUGGCUGCGCGCGGGGCCUGAAUUGCCCUCCGCUGCUCCAACACGGCUCGUUGCGGACUUCCCAGAGUGAUAAUGCACUCCCCUCGCGAGCCCAGUGCUCUCUGGGAGCUCCUGGGAGUGGCCGGGCACUUUCAGGAUGGGGAAGAGGGUUCUUGAGUGUUUGCCUGGAGCAUGUUGAUGACCCCAUGACUGGACGGCUACGACUAAUGACUGUGGUAGUCAUGGAUGCACUCAUACAGGAGGAGCCAUUUAAGGCGGUCCUUCAGUACCUGUACACCGGCAGCCUGAAUGAGAGUCGAGGCGAUCUGAUGCAGGUGGCCACCAUCGCAGAGCUCCUCGAGGUGUUCGACCUACGGAUGAUGGUGGCCAAUGUGCUCAACAGAGAGAGUUUCAUGAACCAGGAGAUAACCAAGGCAUUCCAUGUUCGCAGAGCCAACCGCAUCAAGGAGUGUCUCAACAAAGGCACCUUUGCUGAUGUGGUGUUCCGGCUGGACGACGGCUACCUCCCCGGCCACAAACCCCUGCUCAUCUCCAGCUGUGACUGGAUGGCUGCAAUGUUCCGGGGAUCUUUCAUGGAAAGCUACAUUGAAGAGGUGCCCAUUCCCAGCACGAGUACAGCAUGUAUGCGAGGUGUAUUGGAGUUCCUGUACUGCGGCAUGCUGACACCUUGUCCUCAUCUGGAGUCCAUAGAACUGAUCGUGGUGGCCAACCGUCUUUGUUUACCACGCCUGGUUGCCCUCACUGAGCAGCAAGCCGUUGAUGAGCUCCUGCAGUUGACAGGGAAAGGAGUCGACGUUGAUGGGCAGGUGUUGGCAUAUUUGGAGCUAGCGCAGUUCCACAAUGCCAAGCAGCUAUCAACCUGGUGUCUCCAUCACAUCUGCACUAAUUAUAACAGCAUCUGCCGCAAGUUUCCCAAAGACAUGAAGGUCAUGUCUCCAGACAACCAGAAGCACUUUGAGAAGCAGCGCUGGCCGCCUGUGUGGUUCCUGAAGGAGGAGGACCGCUACUUGCGAUCCCAGAAGGAGCGGGAGCACGAGGAAGAGAUCCUGCGCAAGCAGCACACCAAACGAGGCUGGUGUUUCUGGAGACACCCGUCCUCUUCGCCGCACGUCUCCUAGGCGCCCGCGGGCCUGGCCCUUCGUCGGCACCUCGUGCGCCCAGUAGGUUUGAAGCCUUUUCUUUGUCUCUCAAUGCAAAUCGGACUCAGUGUUCCUCGGAUGCCAGCGCGUGGAGAGGGAAUGUACUUUUUGUGCCUCUUUACAAGCGCGAGAGUGCAGUAAUGGCGGACAACCUGACCAGCCUGCGGGGGACAGCAGCACACUCCCUUGGACGUCAUCCCGUCCGUAGAAUGACUGGACUGGGAUCAAGGGCUUUCUAUCUCUCCCAGACUCCACCUUCCAGCUCCAGAAUUUGUAUUUCUUUUUAUAACUUUGCCUUCAUUGCAGACUGUUAGCUUGCACACACACAAACCCGUGCCCAGGAUCUGCCUGUCUACAACCAGCACUGGAUAUCCAGGAAUCGACUCAACACAACUGUAAGUACUUUGAUACAAAUCGUCCAUUUUGUAAACCCCCGGCACCUUUCUACAUGGCGACCAACCGCUAAGUUUGGACUGUUAACUCAGAGCACAUUUCUGGAUGCUGCAGUUUAAGAGGCUUAACCACACCCACUGACCUAUCUAGUCCGUCUCCGUCCUGCACCAUGGUCCAUUCCCUACACUCAAGCUUGCCAAACUGCAUUUCAGAGACUUUCCCAAGUGACCACUCAAUAGCAAUGACGGAGCCUUACUUGACGCCUCUUCCUGGAGGCACGAUGCAUACAGUAUUAAAAAAACAACAACACAACGGUAACGUCCAUGACCACUAACUAGGCUGCAUGGAAGCGCCUCAGCAAGCCUGCCUUUAUACCACUGUACCACUAGGGGGUAGCAGUGUUCAGGGCUCCUGCACUACACACUACCAGUUUUAUACCUGUGUUUUCUCUUCAUGUACGGAGUAUUAGGGCCACACUAUAAACUCAGAAUUACGUCAGUGAUGUUAUGUUCCGAGCGAAAACGUAUAAACUCUUAUUUUUCUUUAAAACAAAAAAAAUACAGUCCUUUUCUCGUCGCACUUCAUCACACAAUUUUGUUCUUUUUUUUAAAGCAUAUUCUAUGUAUUUAUGGACUAAGUGAAGCAUUUUCAAACAUAAAAUGACAAAUUUUACUAAAAAUAUCAAUAUUUCAGUAUUAUUGGCUACUAAAUGAGACCAAACCAAUCACAGCACGAUGUUCAGUAUCGUGGCCAAUGAUUGGCUCAGCCUCAUGCAAGACUACUAUAUUGGAUUAAUAUUUGUAUUUAGGUGUUUAUUUGAUGUCUCGAGGGCAUAAAAUAAUGUUACACGCCAUAUUUGGAAGUUCGUAAACAGGUUUUUUAUGCUCCAACUAUGAAAAUAUUCCAUUUAUAAUUAUUAAUUCCUGCUUUCUGGAAAUUAAUUUGAUAAGGUCCAGAACUAAUUAGGAAGAUAUGUGAGGGAUUACUGUACAACUUUAUUAUCGCAAAAAUGUUUUUAUUCUUGCAGGAUUAAAACAUUUUUUUUUCCAAUAGCGUUAUGAAAUUUAUUUUCCCUACAUUAUGAUUUACUCAUUGCAACUUUUUCCCGGUAUUAUCAUGACUUUAUUUUGUAUUAGUUCUCAUCAAUUUCACGGCUUAAUCUCACAAGAUUAUGACUUGAGUUGUAAUACGCAAUUUAUUAAGACUCUUUUUGCACUUUUUCCUCAUAUUUUUAGUGUUAUUAUAUUUUACAUUACAAUGCACUUUCCUUUCAAUUUUACAAUUUUAUUUUGGCACUUUUUUCUCUAAUAUUACAACAAACUAUGACGAUUUUUGUAAUAUUAUGACACUUUUUCUUAUAAUACUAUAACUUUACUGUCAUAAUAUUAUGAAACAUUAACAUACUAUUACAACUUCUGGUUAUGUUACAACUUUUUCCUCAUACUUGCAACAAUAUGUAUUUUUUGUCAUAAUAUAACUUUUUCGUCAUAUUACAACUUUCGCCAAUGAUUCAACUUUUUUUCCCUCAUACUAAUAUUAACACAAACUUUGUGUUAAUUUUUUUCUCAUAAUAUUAAAACUUUACUGUAAUAUUAUUGACAUAUUACAACUUUUUUUCUCAUACUAUUAAUUUCAUAACAUUGCAACUUUUUUAUUGUUGCAGCAUUAAAAAAAAAAGUGUUUUUAUUCCAGAAUAUUAUGACUUUAUUUUCCCGAUGUUAUGUUUUCCCCAUUACAUUUCUCAUCAUAUAUAUUUUUGUAAUAUUCCUAUUUUUCCACCAUAAUGUUGUGGCUUAAUCUCACAACAUUUUAGUUGAAGUAUUAACCAGUUUUUACUCAUCAUAUGACUUAUGUGUCAUAAUAUUAUACAUUAAAAUAUAUUCCCCCGCAGUUAAAUAUAUAUUUAGGAACCUAUUAUGAAUCUGUCUAUAAUAUUACAACAAACUAUGACUUAAUUUGUAGUAUUAAGACACGUUUUUUUAACAUUACGUUUUUUUUCCUUAUAAUACUACAACUUUACUGUCAUAAUAUUACGACUUUAUUGACAUAUUAUUACAACUUCUGCUAAUGUUACAACUUCCCCCCCCCUCAUAUUAUUAUUAAUUUCAUAACAUUGCAACUUUUUUAUUCAUGCACAUUAUUUUUUUCUUCCCCAGAAUAUUAUGACUCUAUAUUUUCCCCAACGUUGUUGACUUUAUUUUUAAAAUUAAUUUUGUAGUAAUUCUUCUUUUUUUGUCUUUUAUUGCUAAAUCUCACAACAUUUUAGUUGUGGUAUUAAACUUAAUAUUUUGCACGUUUUCCCCUCAUACUAUUAUUCAUUUCAUAAAAUUGCAACAUUUUUUAUUCUUGCAGCAUUAAAAGUAUUUUAAUUUUUUCCAGCAUAUCAUUGCUUAAUCUCAACAUUUUAGUUUCAGUAUUAAACUUAAUAUUAUUUUGCACUUUUUACUCAUAAUAUGAUUUAAGUCUCACAAUAUUAUACAUUAAAAUGUAUUUCUUUGCAAAAACAUUUUUUUAUUUUGGCACGUUUUAUGACUUUUUCUAUAUUAUUAAAAUAAACUACGACUUAAUGUGUCGUAUUAAUUAUUUUUCUCAUAAAAUUACAACUUUACUGUCAUACUAUUACGACUUUAUUGACAUAUUACAACUUCUGCUAAUGUUACAACUCAUUUCCUCAUGCUGUUAUUAAUAUUUUUGGUCGAAAUGUUACGACUUGUUUCUCAUAAAAUUAUACUUUUAUUAUGGCAUUUUUCCUGCAGUAUUAUCACUUUCUUGUCGCUAUGUUAUCCCUUUUUUCUCUCAAAAUAUUUCCACGGCUUUAUGCAUCAUCACAACAGUUUUCUUCUAAAAUUUCAACUUUGUUCUUGCAACAUCAUGACUCUUAAAAUUAAUAACUUUUUUCUCCAAAAAAAGAGACUUUAUUAAUCGUUAAUGUAAUCCAUUUUCGUUGUUGGUUUAUUGUGGCCCUGAUACUCCUCAUAAGUAUUGGGAUGUGCGUCAGAAGGAGAGCAAGAUGUCCUACAACGUGUCAUUUCCAACUCGGUUCACCUCACUUUGAAUACCAAAGCUGUGAUACUCUUUCUUCCACACUUUGCUUCAUUUCUGCUUCCAUCCUCGCUGAACAUGUCGUUUUUAGGACGAGACCCGUGACGUUGUUUAAAAAAAACAAAAACGCAUUCAGUCAGGACAAGAAAACCAACAAAAAGAGUCCCUUUGCCUUGCGUGUAUUUUGUAGGACUGGACGACGGUGCUCAGUACACCACAGAGUCUGCGCAGAUGGUCUUUUGGCAACGUGUAGCGUCCUGAUAGUACACACAACUUCUCUGUUUUUGCUGCUUUGGCGUUAGGAAAUUUACCUGGAAGUGAGACGUUCUAUUUGCAGGUGUGCGAGUCAUAUGGCGUGUGUCGCCUUUUCUCCUCAAGAGCCGCGAUUAAGUCCCGAAAUAGAAGUGGGCUUGACUCUCAUGAGAGUGGAGUGAGAAUCAAGACAGUGUUUUUAUUUUUUGUGAAAGAAAACCGCAAGUAAAAAGUAUUACUCACACUCACCCUUCGGAGGAAAGUGAGCGGGAGAUUAUGGAACACUGAUUUGUCUUACCAAUUGUUGCUUUGGCCCAAACCGCCUCUUGUCUCAGUGCCUUAAAGUUGGACAAACGUCGUCAGAAUCUGGUAGAGACGUCUUUGCGACCACAUGGCCUCAGAUUAUUUGUUUGACGUGGGUUAUUUGCUUUGGCCGUGGUUAUCGCACGUAUUGGGAUGAGGUGAAUUUGCAUGGUGGCCCGACUCGAUUGUCGUUAGAGCGAGGAAUGCACUUUUUUAUUUUCAUUGUUGCUGUCUUAUAGGUGUCUAAUAGUGUAUGUGCUUGUUAGCAUGUUACAGAUGAUUGUAGCAAAUCUUCUUUGACCUUUUUGUACACAGACCACAGCUUAAACACAUAAUAUGCAGGGACAUUUAUAAAAAAAACUAUUAUCGGGCUUGUUUUAUACAAUAUUAGUGGAAUUUCUACACGAUUAAUACAGGGUGUCAAGCUAAUUUCUGAUAUUGAAAUGCAUACAAUUCUAUGAAUGUUGGAGUUGGCACGCAUGCAAUCAACGAUAUCAGACUUAUGGACACAACAUUAUGCAUGUGGACGUGUUGUAGCGACAACACAGCCUCUUUGACCAAAUGUCACAGAAUUAUGAGUAUUGUUACAAAAAAGAGAUCAUCCUGAAUUGUAAGUUAAAAAACUAAAGAAUGUCAGUCAGACGAAUCCCACUGGCCAAAGUUCACGCACCGAUAUCAUGUGUACACUGUAAAAAUAAGUCUGUAGAUUUUACGGUCAAAAUGCUGCUUGCAAGGAUUUUACUGUAAAAAUAAAAAAAUAAAAAUAUAUAUAUAUACUGUUUUUCUAUUUACAGUGUUACGGUACACUGUAUUUUACCAUACAAAUAACAUUGGUACAGCUUUUUUCCUUUUACAGUAAUACGCUGUAAAAGCGAUUUUCGAACUAUUUUACCGUAAAAAUAACAGUAGUUGCUGUGUUCCCAUUUACAGUAAUGCACUGUUUAUUUUACCGAGAGAAAUAACAUUGUUACCGUGUUUUCCAUUUACAGUAAUGCGCUGUAAAAACGAUUUUAUGAAAAGAAAAAUAUAUAUAUUUGCAACCCAGUCUUCAGAAUUUUGCUGUAGAAUUAACAGUGUUUUUCUAUUUACAGUAUUACAGCACACUGUAUGUUACCAUAAAAAUAUCAUUGGUACAGCUUUUUUCCUUUUACAGUAACACGCUGUAAAAGCGAUUUUUGAACUGGCAGCGCAGUCGCCAGAAUUUUACCGUAAAAAUAACAGUAGUUGCUGUGUUCCCAUUCAUAGCAAUGCACUGUUAAUUUUACCGAGCGAAAUAACAUUGUUACCGUGUUUUCCAUUUACAGUAACUGUAAAAACGAUUAUUUUAUGGUAAAAAAUUUUUAAAAAAAAAUUACAACCCAGUCUUUACAAUUUUACUGUAUAAUUGACAGUAGAUUGGUUUUCCCAUUCACAGGAAUGAACUGUAAUUUAACCUUCAAAAAUUACAGUGAUGUACUGUAAUUUUACUGGUAACAUUUCAGUGGUGCCGUUUUUAAUUUCAUGCACUCUAAUUUUAUCGUGAAAAAAUUAUUAUAGUGGUACUGUUUUUAAUUUACAGUAAUGCACUGUAACUUUACCGCAAAAAUAAAAGUGGUAUUGAUAUCUCAUUUACAAUGAAGCACUGUAAUGUUACUUAAACAAUUAUAUUGGUAUUGUUUUUAUUUCACAGUAAUGCACUGUAAAUUUACUGUCAACAUUACAAUGGUACCAUGUUUAAUUCUCAGUAAUGCACUGUAAUUUGACUGUAAAAAUUUGUGGCAAAAUUUUUAAUUUGCAGUUAUGCAUCAUAAUUUCACUGUAAACAUUACAGUUAUACCAUUUUUAAUUUACAGUAAUGCACUGUAUAUUUACCUUACAAAUUACAGUGGUUCUGUUUUCUCAUUUACGGUCAGGAACUGUAAUUUUCCUGCAAAAAAAACAUUGCUGCAGUUUUUCCAUUUACAGUUAUGCGCCGUAUUUUUACCGUGAAAAUAACACUGGGAUUGUUUUUUAGUUUACAGUAUUGCACUGUAAUUAGACCUUUUGCAAAAAUGCACUGUAAAAACAACAAUCGUAGAUUUGAAGAUGAAAAACUCUUGUCAGCUCAGUCGCCAAUAUUUUACUGUAAAAAAAUAGCGGCGGUAUCGUUUUUUAUUUUUAUUUACAAUGAUGCACCGUAACUUUCUAUUAAAAAAUAGAAUUAUUACCGUGUUUCCAUUUACAGUAAUGCACUGUCAAAACUGUUUAAUUCAAGAUUUAAAAAAACCACUAGUAUUUUACCAUAACUUUUGUAUCGUUUUUAAAUUUACAGUAAAAUUACAAUCCUUUUUACAGUAAAAUCUACAGAUUAGUUUUACAGUGUAGUUCUUCUUGUACUUAAUCUCUGCCUGCGAGUUUCAACCUGUGUGGCGGGCCUCCCCUGGUGUGUGCAGAACCUUGAUAAAAAUAAAGAAAAUCAUUGUUUUCAACCUUACUCAAGUAAAUAAUAGGAAAUAAAUCAUUUGUAGUUCCUUAUGGUUAAUCUGGGCUGAAAUAUGCCCAUAAAAUGUUUUCUGGGGAGUAGCCACGCCCUUAACCUUGCUGAGCGGAGGCUCGCCAAGUCACACCUUAAAAAAAUAUAUAUUUGUGCUUUUUCGCGCAUCUUUCACGGUAACAUUUUGAGCAGUGUGUGGAGUCUGACUGUUCUGCUCCCUUCCACGUGCCUUCAGUGAACUCUUCACACUUGCAGGCUCCCUGCACCUGCAGCCCGACGAUAUUCCUCAUAAAAAAAAAAUCUGUAUUACUUAUAAUCACCACGCAGUCAGGCAGCUUUGAAUAUGUUCUUGCCGUGAUGAUAACAUGUGACCAAGUUUUGCUACGAUGUGGUGUCACGUGUGAACCCUGCACACCAGCAGUUCCAAAAUUAUUAUUAGGUGCCUGGACUUUCUCUUGUGUAGCCUAUAACCACACACACACACACACACACACACACACACAUUCUUGUAUUUCUUGCCUUCUUGAGACCUCUGAAAAAUGCCUACCUCUUUAGGACCACCCUUUCUAGAUAUAUAAAGAUUUAGAUUUACAACAUUAAUAAUAUAUACACACUAUGCAAAUAUAGAAAUGUAAGCUGUUAGUUAUUUGUAUUUUUUGGAAUGUUUUCUUUGUAAUUGGUUUUUAAUCUUCAUUAUUUACUUCAAGUUAUUACAGUAUGUCUCUAUAUACAUAUUUAUUUUAUUUUUUCUAUUAAAUUUGGCCAAAGGGGGCACAUUUCAAUUUCUUACACACACUUGUUAUUACAUAUGUUGGCCAGAGGAGGAGCACUUCAAAUUUUUACACACAUUUGUUAAUUCAUAUGUUGACCAGAGGGGGAGCACUUUUAAAACCGACACAGUCAAUUUGAAAAAUCCCUCCUUUUUGGGACCACCCUAAUUUUGAUGGAUUUCACCACCAAAUGAGACAUUCUCUAUUAGAUGCAAUGGUUUUCCGUAUUGGGACCAUGAUUUAUGUCCUAACUUGUUCAUCGGUCCUCAUAUGAAAGGUACUUUUCCUUGUUGAUGUCUCAAGAAAGGUGGAAAUACAAGAACACACACACACACACACACACACACACACACACACACACACACACACACACACACACACACACACACACACACACACACACACACACACACACACACACACACA